GUUUUGAUUUCGAGGACGGAGAAGAAAAGCAGAAAGAUCGACGCAGUCGAGACUGAGAAGCCGAAGGAAGUUGAAGCGGAGAUUGAAGAGGUUGAAGAAGUUGAGGAAGAGGAGAGUAUUUGGUGCGGUACGGAGCCAAGUGAUGCGGAGGCUUCAGAAACGGAGGGGCAGUCAAAGAGGAGUAAAAUCGCCCCGGCAUUGUCGAGAACACAGCGAGACGUUAGAUCAAAAAGCGAGUCGUUGGAGAGCAAGUUGUUGGAGACAGACGUAAGAUCAGCUUCUGAGCCAGCAUCGGCGGUCAUAGACCUUACAGCAUCGCCUUCACCAGUCAAGAAACCAGUACGACCAAAACAGCUUCCGAGGUCGGUUACUCUUCCGAAUACUGCGAAUCGUCCGUAUAGCUCGUCUUCGAACGAUCAUCAUGCUAUGCUUCAGUACUCCCCACCUCGCAGUUACUCUCCUCGCAAAGCUGCCCCUGAAUAUUCUCGCCCGAGCACACCACCGCCUGCUCCAGCUAGCCCGUCAAAAUCUCGUCUCCAAUCACCCUCAAAGACAAAACCCCGCAUUCCAUCCCCUCCCCACAUUCGGCCAAGUCUCGAUGCUUUCUGGUCUGCCGACGUGAUCAACACCUGGAACGACACCUACUCUCCCUCCAAACCUCUCAUUUCGCCCCGAAAGCCCAAGUUCCUUGCAAACAACGACUCCGACGACUCUCCUACCUCAUCACCUAAGAAGUCCAGAAGCCCCUCUAAGAAGGCCGAUCCGGCAGUCGCAGCCGCCCGAAAAGCACGCAAAGACUUCGAAACCGACAAGGACGCCCUCGCCCAUGCUUUCCUCGCCGAAUUAGACACUCUCACCACCUUCUCUCAAAUCGCCACGCUUACAGCCUCAACCGGCGGCACCAAAAUCGUCUGGAGCAAAACCCUUAAAACCACCGCCGGCCGCGCAAACUGGCGGCGCGAAACCUUCCGCACCCGCGCUCCAGACGGAACCAUAGAAACAAAAUACCGCAACCACGCCUCCAUCGAGCUCGCGACAAAAGUAAUCGACAACCCCGACCGUCUCCGCAACGUACUCGCGCACGAGUUCUGCCAUCUAGCCACCUUCAUGAUCGACGGCCAGCGCACGCAGCCACAUGGCGCGGAGUUCAAAGCGUGGGCGCGGAAAGUGGGCCGGCUGUUCGGCGACCAAGGCGUUGAGGUCACGACGAAGCAUAGUUAUGAGAUCGAGUUUAAGUUUGUGUGGGAAUGUGAAGGGUGCGGGUAUGAGUUUAAGCGGCAUAGUAGGAGUGUGGAUCCGGCGCGGCAUACGUGUGGGAAGUGUAGGGGGAAGUUGGUGCAGACGAGGCCGGUUCCUCGGGGUGGUGGGAAAGGUGCGAAUGUGGAGGAGGGGGGUGGUGCUGGGGGCGAGUAUAGGGCGUUUGUGAAGGAGAAUUUUAGUCGGGUGAAGAAGGGGUUGAAGGAGAGGGGGGCGGAGGCGGGGAUGGGGAAGGUAAUGGAGGCGUUGGGGAAGGAGUAUAGGGAGAGGAAGGCUGAGACGGCGGCGAAGACGAAAGCGAAGGGGAAUGGUGAGAGCUUUAGGGAUGUUGAAGUGGCUUUUGAGGCAUUGACAGUUGCUGAUUAGAGGGAGUGUUCUUUGUGUUCUUCCUCCCGUCGUUCUAUAUCCACCGGGAGUGUCUCACGUACCUAUCUGCCCUCCCAAAUGUAAUACUACUAUCGCUAAAUUCUUACUCUAUAUCGGAG